AUGCCACCAACUAUAAACAAUCGUCUGUGGAAUCCGGCUUUUGGGAUCAGGUUCUCUACGAAAAAUGAUCAUCAUUCACCUUACCCUUUCCUAGAUAUUGCUCGCUUCGUCCAUACCUCUGCCUCUGGGUCUGGUGAUGUCGAAAAGGGAGAUAUCGAAGCUGACGAGUUCAGCGAAGGUGAAGAGUUCGAGCGUGAUGCGGUGGAAUGGUUCGAUCAACAAGAUCGGUUGGUAUUGCCUACUACUGAAACAAUCUCUAAAGGCACCCAGGUUGCAUCAGACACAGGCGGCGAUCUCGUCGAGGCCUCAAAGCAGGAGAAAGCACUGACGGAAUCCGUCACUGCACCUCUCACAUCCUUAGACUACACAAUCGACGCCAAUCUUUGGGAUACAGCCCGGAAGAGUAAGGCUGGCUCCAGCCAGUCGUUCUGGUCCUACAGAAUGUAUCGCCAAGUUCAAGAAAAUGGCGAGGAGCAGAAAGUUAAAGUCCACUACUGCACUUCAAAACAUACGAUGGAACAUGUUUGUGAAAGGUACUUUUCUAACGAGAAAGUCAUUGGCUUCGAUUUGGAGUGGUUUGUUGCGAGGGGUCCUGCCAGCUCCAACCCUCGACGAAAUGUUUCGCUCAUCCAGAUCGCUAGCCCAAGUCGUGUAGGCUUGUUCCACGUUGCACUUUUUCCCAGGGACGACUUUGUCGCCCCAACCUUCAAGAGGAUUAUGGAAGACGAAAGCGUAACAAAAGUCGGAGUGGCUAUCAAGGGUGACUGCACAAGAUUGAAGAACAACCUCGGCAUAAACAGUAAAGGGAUUUUCGAGCUGUCUCACCUCUACAAACUUGUCAAGUACUCGAAGGCUGGAGAGCUAGACCGAAUCAAUAAGGUCAUGGUGUCUUUAGCCGUGCAGACACAGGAGAUGUUAGGUCUUCCGUUGUUCAAAGGAGAUGAUGUGCGGUCCAGUAAUUGGAUGAUGCGUUUGUCAGCAGAUCAAGUUGCAUAUUCCGCAUCAGAUGCAUAUGCUGGUCUCCAGCUGUACUACGUGCUUGAGCAGGAACGCAUGAAGCUUCAGCCUACUCCUCCUCGACCAGCUUUCGUCGAGCAGAAUCUUCCUAUUCGGUUCUUGACCGCUGAUAAUGUUGACGAAAGUGAUACGACUUCAGAUUCUGGGGAACAUGAGGUUGUUACUGAUGUUGAGGUGAGACUUGAAACACCAGAAACCAGACCUACGCCAUCGAUCGCAAAGCCCACAACAAAGGCUACACCCCAACCAGAGGACAAUCCUCAUGAUACAAGGGAUCCCCGUAUCCUUGCUGCCGAAAAGCACGCUCAAAAAUACCACAGCAUAACGCGCCCCAAGUUGACACCACCAUUGUCGUCUCUUCGCACUUAUUACAUGUGGUAUAACAACCAAGAUCUUACACCAGAGGUUGUUGCUACACUCUUACGUACUCCUCCUCUUAAGACAAACACUGUUGUUUCCUAUAUUCUUGAUGCCAUCGUCUCUGGAGGGUUGCCUUAUUCCAAGGCGAGGCUUAGAACUGAGGUAUUAGUCCACCUUGCCCCCCAAUCACUAGUGAGUGCCAGGUAUCGAGCAUUAGUGGAUGCAAGUCAAGCGUCUGAAGAAGAAGAACUAUAA